GCAAGGUUUCCGAGCGGACGAGCUCGGAAAGGCUCGGAAACGCCCAGCAGCCCCCACCCCGCAUACCUCGCUCGUUCGCUGGACGACCUGCUCUCGCUCCCGACUCCCCUGAAGCAACCGCCGGCGGCGGCGGUUCCCAGGGGAUUUAGGAGCUCAAAUUUCCGUGGUGCCAAGGUUUCUGUUACUAUCAGAUAGGAGCCUGAGGUGGUCAACGAAUAACAUUUGGUUAACACUUAAAAGCUGACGUUACGUAAUUGGAACAAUGCCUCCUCAUAAGAUAGAGACUGGGCACCAGGAUGUGGUGCAUGACAUCGCGAUGGAUUACUACGGGAAGCGCCUCGCCACUGCAUCCUCUGAUAACACAAUAAAGAUCAUUGGCGUAAGUGGCACCUCGCAGCAGCAACUUGCUACUUUGAGCGGACACCAGGGCCCAGUUUGGCAAGUCGCGUGGGCUCAUCCUAAGUAUGGUUCCAUGCUUGCAUCCUGCAGCUAUGAUGGGCGGGUUAUAAUAUGGAAAGAAGGGGGCAAACCUGAUGAGUGGACACAGUUUCACACUUUCACUGAGCACAAGUCUUCUGUAAAUUCCAUUGCUUGGGCGCCUCAUGAACUCGGCAUCUGCUUGGCUUGUGGUUCAUCUGAUGGGAACAUUUCAGUCUUCACAGCUCGUUCUGAUGGUGGGUGGGAGACAACGCGCAUCGACCAGGCUCAUCCAGUGGGCGUGACCUCUGUUUCCUGGGCUCCAGCGAUGGCCCCUGGUGCCCUAAUCAGCCCAGGGCCUUCUGGGCAGUUUGAAUAUGUUCAGAAACUUGCUUCUGGUGGCUGUGACAACACUGUCAAGGUGUGGAAGCUCACCAACGGAAGUUGGAGGAUGGACUGCUUCCCAGCCCUUCAGAUGCACAGGGACUGGGUGAGAGACGUCGCCUGGGCUCCAAACCUAGGCCUCCCAAAGUCCACAAUCGCCAGCGCCUCUCAGGAUGGAACUGUAGUCAUCUGGACAGCGCCGAAAGAAGGCGAGCAAUGGGAAGGCAGGGUUCUGAAUGAUUUCAGAACCCCUGUUUGGAGGUUGUCAUGGUCGCUGACAGGAAACAUACUGGCGGUCUCUGAUGGCAACAACAAUGUGACCCUGUGGAAAGAAGCUGUGGACGGUGAAUGGCAGCAAGUGACUACCGUCGAGCCAUAGAUGUUUCGUGUUCUACCUCUAGCUGCAUUUAUAUCGCUAUCAUAACAAAUGUAGUCUGUCUUUAUUUUAUCUGUAUGGCUUCGAUUACAAGUGGUAACUCCCCGUGAUUGUUAGGCUGUUGCCUGUGACAAGCUUUUUUCUUGGUCAAAAAGCAGAUAAUUUGGAACUUCUAUCCCAAUUGGACUCAUGUAUGGUUACGAGGACUUUUGCCUGGCCAGGCAGCUGUACGUACAACUUUUUUUUUGUUUGGUUGCAAACCUGGCCUGAGACAAAUACUUUAAAUAUUAAAUAAAUAGAUUUGAUGGCUGA